UUUCAUUACCACUCCUUUCUAGCUCUGAUCGGCCUGUCCUUUGGUGGGGCCAUUGGACUCAUGUUCCUGAUGCUAGGAUGUGCCCUUCCAGUGUAUGAGUAAGUAUCUCCAUCAUAUUCAACCUGACUGUCAUGAUGCAGGCCUUUGUAAUAUGAUGCUGCCCAGAUGUAGUAUUUUUCCAGUCAUAACUGAUGGGAACUUCUCUCUUCACAGUAAAUACUGGCCCUUGUUCCUCCUCUUCUUCUACAUCCUCGCCCCAAUCCCUUACUGCAUCUCCCGGAGAAUUGUUGACGACACAGACUCGGCCAGCAAUGCCUGCAAAGAGCUGGCUUUAUUUCUCACAACAGGCAUAGUGGUUUCAGCUUUCGGCCUGCCAAUCAUUUUCGCCAGAGCCAAUGUUGUAAGUACACAUCUUGGUGAUUUUGCAUGUGUAGGCUAAGUGGUACUUGGCAACACUUUGCACUUAUACCUGUGCAGUUGUAACAUUGUAUUAGCUUUGCUGUUAAAGUAAUUGCUUUCUAAUUGCAUACAUUUUUGUUGUUACACAAAUGGAAUAAGGACCAUUCCUGUUAUAUCUUAUAGGCUACCAUUUAUGUAAAAACAAGAAAUGCUGAACUCCAUUACUAAACAACAGUUUACAAAGGACUUUGUUUUGCUCAGUCCAAACCACAGAUUGAAAGUGUGCUAUGCAGAAUUUUGUAACAUGAGCGGACUGAAUUAUUCAUGUUUGUUGUUUACAGAUUGCCUGGGGAGCAUGUGCGCUUGUGUUAACAGGCAACAUAGUGAUCUUCGCAACCAUUCUGGGAUUCUUCUUGGUCUUCGGAUCAAACGACGACUUUAGUUGGCAGCAGUGGUAA